AUGAUUCCCUACCUGUACAUCAUUCUUUCGUGUUUCACCAUCAGUGGGAUCGCUCGUCGGAUUGUUCUAUGUGAACCGUCCGACUGUCACAAUGAAGGAACGUGUGUGGGCGAUAAAUGCGUUUGCGCUGAGGGUUUCCGCGGAUCCUUUUGUGAAAUAGAUAAAUGUGAUGAGAUCAAUUGUCGCAAUGACGGAAUCUGUGCGCAAGGCUCUUGCAUAUGUCUACCAGGAUUUGCUGGCAACCGGUGUCAAAGAAAGCUCACAUGUGGAUCAUCAGACCCUUGUCACAAUGAAGGAGCGUGUGUGGACGAGAAUUGCGUUUGUGCCGAGGGUUUCCGCGGAAACUUUUGCCAAAUAGAUAAAUGUGAUAAGAUCGAGUGUCUUAAUGACGGAACCUGUGCGCAAGGAUCUUGCACAUGUCCAGAAGGAUUUGCUGGCAACCGGUGUCAAAGAAAGCUCACAUGUGGAUCAUCAGACCCUUGUCACAAUGAAGGAGCGUGUGUGGACGAGAAAUGCGUUUGUGCCGAGGGUUUCCGCGGAAACUUUUGCCAAAUAGAUAAAUGUGAUAAGAUCGAUUGUCUUAAUGACGGAACCUGUGAGCAAGGAUCUUGCACAUGUCCAGAAGGAUUUGCUGGCAACCGGUGUCAAAGAAAGCUCACAUGUGGAUCAUCAGACCCUUGUCACAAUGAAGGAACGUGUGUGGACGAGAAUUGCGUUUGUGCCGAGGGUUUCCGCGGAAACUUCUGCCAAAUAGAUAAAUGUAAUAACCGUUGUCGUAAUGGAGGAACCUGUGAGCAGGCUCAAGGCUCUUGCACAUGUCCAGCAGGAUUUGCCGGGAGACGGUGUCAAGAUAAGCUGACAUCUGUUGAGUGUGGAAGUAGUUCAAUGACCGUCAACAUAGAUCAAGGGCUAGUCAUAGGUAAAGCAUCUGAUGUUCAUUUUCGAGACCAAUCCUGCUCCGGUGAAUACAGCUCUAUCCCUAAUGAGAUCACUCUAACUACAGACUACAGUCAAUGUGGCACCAGCUUUGAGGAGGAUGAAACAACUAUUACAUUUACCAACGUAAUCACUUACGCCAAGCCUAAUCCGGAAGACGGUACAGAUAUCACCCGUGAGUAUCAACUGCAGGUUAAGGUUGAAUGUUGCCUUAACAAAGAGGAAGACGUCGAUGGGACCUUCAAAUUCCAGCAAGCUAGAGCACCUUAGCGCCGUAGCAUCUUAGAUUAUGGGAUGACCGCCGAAAUUGUGCAUUCUUGUGGGGCGGCAAAAGCAACUAUGUUUCUAUAGCAUGUUAAUGUAAAAUAAUAUACAGAUAUCAAAUUUGAACCCGAACUCAAAAUUAAAAGAAAUAUUAUGCGCAAUUGUGCCAUCGAUUUCACCGACAAGUCACCCAUUCAAGGUGUGUGAUCAAGAUUUCACUACGCAUUCUGGCUGCUCAGUCUCGUUCGCCAUUAUUUUUGCACUGCAUAUAUAUGCACACGUGCAUAAUCCUAAUGGUAAGCCUGGACUAGGCGGAGUCAUCAUCGGGUUCCGACAACGAAAACAACAUUGUAAUUUUCCUUUAAAUGAAACUUUGAAUAAGAAAAGGUGUUACCUAUUUUUGAAAUAAUAUAAUGUAAAUGUAUAAUUUGGAUCUAAUGUACUGUGAUUCUCAGCACUAUAUAAUGGACUUUAAACUUAUGAUAUAUUAUUCUUCAAAAAACUGAUUGGAAUAGCUUAGCUUUAAAAAUAAAUUGUUUUAUGUAAUAUCUGCUGCUAAUAGGCCUAGGUUAUGUGUAGUUUUGCAUAAGCAUAUGAACUUUCAGUAGUUCUGAUUAGUAUCAACCUAUCAUAGAGCAUUUUGAAAACCAUUCGAACACUUUAUCCUGUGUCAUUAUGAUGCCAUGCUAAUUUACGGGGAGGGGGGUAUUUAUAUUUGGUUUGGACGGGGUGUGCCGCUCAAGUAAAGCCCGUUUUUCACAAAUUUCGGGUGUUUGGCAUGCGACUUCCGAAACAUUUUGCACAGUUUGAAAAAACGGACCCAUGUUUAGGCAUGUAUUUUGUAAAAAAAUGGGGCCCAUGUUUAAGGAUUUUUGUGGAAUAUUUACCCAUUAGCGCAGCACACCCAGUAUGUCUUAAUAUGUGAGUACCCCCCCCCCCACAUCCCCCUCCCUUGGGGUUGGGCUAGUUUAUUAUCGGCAGAAUUCGACAAGCUUGCAUGCACACAUUGUCUCACUCAUGCUUUUGUAUUUCGGAACUAAUUACUGAUUUGACUAAAUGAUGCUUAUCAUUCAAAUGACUAAAGAUAAUGUGAGAACUCAAUAUGAGUGUGUAUCAUCUCAGUAUGUUAUAACCAUCAUACGGUAUUACGGUGACAGUAGCUUGUUUGAUAUUUCUGAAAUUAAAGAUCAUGCAUUGAUUCAAAAGUUGAGAUUUA